AUGGAGCCUGAUCCUGUGUUCCAAAAGGCGCUGGAAAAUUUCAAGAAAGAUCUCACAGCUCAGCAAUGCCGCGAAUUCGGCAUAACCACACUUCAAGAUGUCAAAGACGAGGUGAACAGGAUUCAAAUUCGACAUGGGUCUGCUAAGAAACUGCGAGGCAUGUCGCGCAUGUCUAAGUUUCUCGAAGCAAUGCAGCAGCUGGAGCAAGUCAUAUCAGUCUUCUUGAAUGUUAGCGAGGUCGUAGCCUUCGUUUGGGGUCCUGUCAAGUUUUUCCUGGUUGUUGCUUCUUCAAGGCUGGAAGUACUGGAGUGUCUCUUGGAUACAUUUACCGACAUCUCCGAGGCAAUGCCGGACUUCCAAGAUUACGCAUCUAUCUUCAAAGAGCAACCUGAAGUCCUGGAGGUCUUGAAGCGUUGCUAUGGUGAUAUUAUUCAGUUCUAUCAUAUGGCUUUCGGCGUACUCGGGAGACCUGGUGCGUUCGGAAUACGAGACUGGCGGAGAAUUUUCGACUCUGUCUGGAAAACCUUCCGUACGAAGUUUUCGCCAGUCCUUGGUAGCCUCCGACGACAUCGAGAACUACUGGUGCAGGUAAAGUUGACCGCAACCUAUGGCGCAGUCGAAACAACACGGCGCACACUGCAGGAGACCAUUGAGAAAUCAAAUGAAGAACUCAAACAGAUUCUCAAUGUCAUACAGCAGAAAAAGAAACAAAUAUUGGAUAAACUGGGGAGCCAAGGGCCUUACAACGAUAAAGGACAUCGACGACUGCCUGACCAGCGUUAUCCAACAUCGGGAGACUGGAUUCUGAAGGAGCACCUGUUUCUCCAGUGGCUCAAUCCUGACGAUUUAUCGAAUAGUCUUGUCUACCUGAACGGAAUGCCCGGUGCUGGGAAAACAACUCUUAUUUCUCGCAUCAUGGACAGUCUGACCAAAGACACAACCCUCCAGCAACAACCGCUACUAAAUUUCUAUUUUGAAUAUGGCCAGAGUGGAAAAACUCUCAAGAUAGACAUGCUGCGCUCCUUCAUUGAACAACUGCUCCAACAAGACGACGCCGUCGUGGAUGAUCUCCAUGACACUGUGCUUACUGCUCGCCCCUCCGACCUCAAUGGAGUUUCAUGGCUGGAAGAUGUAGCGACGCGGAUUAUCCUCGCGCAAAAGAGAUGCUACAUUGUCGUCGAUGGAGUUGACGAAUGCGCAACGGACCAGCGAAGGAACAUUCUGCAAUGGCUCAAAAGUAUCCUCUCAAAGUCGAAAGCUUCCAAUGUUGUGGUAAAGGUUUUGGUGUCCGGCCAAAGAGACGGCGUGCUUGAUGCAAUGUUGGAGAAUUGUGCCUGCACCAUCAGGUUGGACAGCCAGACACCACACCUUCGCGAUAUAGAGAAUUUCUCGUCAUCGGUAUUUACCCAAAUCAAGGAUCGAUUCCCGGGCCUAGAAUAUGAGAAAGAAAUACUCAAAAGGCUGGAUCCAUCACGUGUCGCAGAUGCGUCAAAAGGAAUGUUCAUGUACGCGAAAGUGGUUCUUGAAAACUUGCUCUCCCAGACGUCAAUCUAUGAGUUGGAACAAGAGCUCGAAAGGGACUAUCCCCACGGGUUGGACGAGGCUUACGACCGGGUCGCUGAACGAGUUCUUGAAAAACCCUCAGAUUCCCAUAAGCGCGCUGCGUUGCAAAUCUUGGGUUUGAUCGCAUGUGCUGCCCGGCCCUUGAAAUGGAGGGAGAUACAAUGCUACUUCUGCAUUGAUUCGACAACUGGCACCUGCGAUCCGCGGAGACGGAAGAGGCAUCAACCAAGGCUUGAAGACUUCAGGCGGACACAGCUGCGCGAGUGGCUCAUUGGCUCUUUGAGCGCCAAAAUGAAGCGGUUCGAUAUUGUGGACUUUUUCCAAACGCACGAGCAGCACAUAAUGGAUCUCAGCACAGAACCGAAAGAGAAUUGCCCAGACGUUUCCGAACUAGCUUCUCGUCAUGCCAAGACCUCAAAUAUCAUCUCAUUGUUGAGGCAACAUGGAGGGUACAUGAACUUUUCCUCCAGGGAGACGCAAGACCAACUCACUCAGACUUUGGAAUACAGCCUAAGUAUUUCCAAGGGGGCUGGAGCUCGGUACCCCGACGGCUUGAGAGAGUAUGUCGAGACCAUCUACGAGUAUGCCUAUGCCAUGAGAGACGGUCAUUUUACGGCCUCCCUAGAACACAUUAGAAAGUAUUUCAAGUAG